AUGGCUUCGCAGAUUGGCCCCAUACCCGAACAGUACGCUGCGGCAGCGACGGUACCGCUCAUUAAGAGCCCGUCGCUAUGGUUGCCACCGCCCGUCCAGCUCCCCACCGACAUCCACCCGCUACCAGACGACAUCACCGCUUACUUUGUGUACCCGUUCACGCUCGAGCAACACGUGCUCAGUCUGCAACCCCCACCGCAUGUCGCGAUUGCGGAGCGCCGAGCACGCAAUGCUCAGGCGCUGCACGACCGCGAGGCCGAGGAAGAGCGCAAGGAACGGGAAGAGCUGAACCGCAAGGCUCCAGGAUAUCAUUCGGGCUCGAUUCUGGCUCCGACUCAUAAGCAGAAGGAUGUCGCGGAGACACACACAACUGGGCCCGUCACGAGCUCACCUGUGAAGCAGGUGGAGACGGAUCCAAUGGAUGCGCUCGUCGCUCAACUGGAAGAGAUGGAGACGGCAAAGGUGUAA